UACAUCACCAUGAAACUUUUCGCAUCAGUAAUACUUGUGUUUUUGCUUGACUUCUCGCCGUCCUAUGGGGAAACCAAAGUGCGUUUGGCGGGAGGAGAAAGUCGCUCCGAGGGCAAGCUGCAGGUCGAGAUCAGGGGGGAAUGGCUGACUGUUUGCUCAAACAAUAACUAUGACAAACAAGGAACCGCCCAAGUGGUGUGUCAGAUGCUCAAUGCUUCAGCAAACGCGUACAAUGGCACAACAACACUUAUAAACAGCCCAUAUCUAACUGAGGGAAUCAGCAUGGGUGACCUCCACUGUGACGGCUCGGAGGAAGACCUCUUGUUCUGCAAGUCUGGCCCUUGGCGAGCACACUCAUGUCCACUUUACACAAACGCUCUUUGGAUUGAAUGUAACACGCCAGUAUACAACACAACGAUAGCGGAUUAUGCUCUCGGAGGCAAUGGGUCAUAUGAGGGCCUGUGUGACAGUGGCUUUGGUCCCGUGGAGGCGCAAAUUUAUUGCAGAACAGCAAAUCUUCCAGCAUGGAAUGCAUUUAUACACCAUCAUCAGUACGUCGGACACUCACUACAGAUUUACGCCAACUGCAUUGGAUAUGAAACUGACAUAUCACAGUGUAACCUCUACCAGGCGGACUGUCACUAUACAGCCGGAGUGGAUUGCUCAGUCACAGACAUUGGGCUGAUGGGAGGCCAUAACAAUCUGACCGGAACUGUCUUUGUGAAUGUGACUGAUUCAUGGCGAUACAUCUGCGCUGAUGACUUUGGGCCCAAUGAGGCUAGGGUCGUGUGCAAAACGCUCAAUGGAACUGACGUACCUGGCCAGAUAUCCCGUGAAUAUGUUGGCCAUUACGGACUGGUGUCAGACUUACAAUGUACGGGCAGCGAGGAUGACGUGUCUUUGUGUACCUCAAACGUUUUAGGUUACUGCAGCAGCGGAUACGCCGCCGCUGUGGAUUGUAACACGGUUCGUCUUGUUGGUGGAACUAAUUAUACGAACGGUCGUGUAGAAGUAUAUGACACCUUCAACCAGACGUGGGAAAACGUAUGCUACGAUCAUUUCAGCUACAACGACGCAAAAGUUAUUUGUCGACAACUGGAAUUCUACAUUGGAGCACUUAGUAGGUACCGAUUGUAUAGGUAUUUUACAAGACCAACUAUAUACAGAAUGAAUUGCCAUGGUUAUGAGGAUGACCUAUCACAGUGUGCAAUCGACUGGAAUAACGGUCACUGCAGUUAUGAUGCUGAAGUGGAUUGCAGCGUUCAAGACCGUCCAAUAGCAUAUCCAACCACGUCGAAUUCUGCACAAGUGCGCCUGGUUGACGGUGACCACAACCAUUCUGGGCGGGUUGAGGUUUACUACCAGAACCAAUGGGGGACUGUGUGUCGACAAAACUUCGACCAUAAUGAUCUGAUGGUUGUAUGCAGGACACUGGGUUACUAUCGUGGAUACGGGUAUGGAAAAAUAUACGAAGGGGUACCAGCUUCCGGAGGAAACGUGGUUAUUGAAGACUUACAGUGUCGGGGAAGUGAAUCAAACGUAAAACUGUGUACAUCCAAGGUCUGGCUGUCAAAUACGUGUGACCACUCCCAGGAUGUCAGUAUUGACUGUAAUUCCUAUGGAGAUUCUAUAACAACAGUUCCAUAUGGAUCGAUUUAUUAUCAUACCGGAAGCCCUGUAGAUGGAGACAUUCGACUUGUUGGUUUUGGCUAUGGCAGUGCCAGUGGACGACUCGAGGUAUUUUACAACGGACAGUGGGGAACUGUUUGUAGUAGAAGUUUUGACAUCCGGGACGCAGAGACCGUGUGUUAUAUCCUCGGUUACUAUGGAUCACCGACCUAUUACCGCUCGUAUUAUAUUGAGGGACCAAGCUAUGGAGCAAUCAUGAUAGAGGAUCUCAACUGUCGAGGUGGAGAGUGGAGUCUAGCUCAGUGUGAUUCCGGGGCUUGGUUGUCGAAUAAAUACUGUAGUCAUAACGAUGAUGUUGGCGUGGAUUGUUCAGGACAAAUAUCGGCAAUGACAACAGAGUCUACUUCCACUUGGUCUCCAUAUACUACUCCUAAUAAAAGCUAUUGCGGAGGAUAUUUCAACGGGUGGUCGGGCUAUAUUGCCUCACCAAACUAUCCUAAACAAUACUUCAACGGCCAACAUUGCGAGUACCAUCUCAGCGUUCCAAGCGGUCACGUGGUGUGUCUGUAUAUUGAGAACAUGAGCCUUGAGACCUGUUGUGAUCAUCUUCAGCUUUACGAUGGCCCUUCUUCGUCGUAUAACUUAAUAAGCAGCGUGACUUCAACAUCUGCCCCGGGAAUAAACUGGAACGAUACGGAGAUUUGCUCCACCGGACCUACAAUGACUGCAGUGUUUACUACGGACGGCUCUGUCACAAUGACAGGGUUUAACGCUACCUAUUCUGCGUUUAUACCAAAUUCAAACGGUAUCCGUCUUGUGAACGGGCACAGCCCAUACUCAGGUCGGGUGGAGGUCUACCACAACGGGCAGUGGGGCACGGUGUGCGAUGAUAGUUUCGACGCCUUAGAGGCACAGGUCGUUUGUAGAAUGAUUGGAUCCUAUCGCGGUGACAGGUAUGUUAUGGCAUACAGUAGUGCUCAUUAUGGACAAGGAUCGGGACAAAUAUGGCUAGAUGAUCUGAACUGUCAUGGAUACGAGUCCAACAUUUACGGCUGUAAAACAAGAGCAUGGGGAGAGCACAACUGUGGCCAUGGCGAAGACGCGGGGGUCGACUGCGAUUAUAAUUAUUAUGAUACAACAACACCGUGGUGGAUAGCUACAACGGAUCCUUCAACAAGUAUCCGCCUUGUAAACGGUCACACCUCAUACUCAGGUCGGGUAGAGGUCUACCACAACGGGCGAUGGGGCACGGUAUGCGACGACAACUUUGAUCAUAGAGACGUCAUGGUCAUUUGUAGGAUGCUUGGCUACUACAUGGGACAACAAUACGGUCGCCCAUACCAAGGCGCAUACUUUGGAUCGGGAUCGGGAACCAUAUGGCUUGACAAUCUUAAUUGUGGCGGGUACGAGUCAGAUGUACAGUAUUGUAGUCGCAAUUCGUGGGGCGACCAUAACUGCGAUCACAGUGAGGAUGCUGGCGUCGAUUGUCAUGCCUACUUCUAUGAAACUACGACCUAUUAUCCUACAAUGACAAAUCGGACAACUUAUCCUUGGUGGCUGCAUACCUCAGCAUACACAACCUACCAACCCUGGUGGAUGACAACGUCAGGCUACACUGUGUACGAUGCGAUCCGGGUGAGCUGUAACGAGCAGGGCUGGGACAUCCAGGUGGACAUGGGUCGCCUCCGGUUGGCUGCCCCCGGUGCCCUCGCCUCCGACAUUUACCUGGGAGAGAACUCGUGCACAGGCACAGAGGAGUGGGGCAUCCUGCACUUCCGUCAAGGACUCCGUCAAUGCCUCACUUCUGAGACGCAACGUUACAACGUGUUGGUUUACACCAACGAGCUAGUGUACGCCGAGCACGACCCCGUUUACAGUUUCAUCAUCCGCAAUUACAACUGGACGGUUGGGGUGGAGUGUGACGUCCAAAGAAACGAGACUUCUUCAGGGCACAUCCAUCACGACAACAACCAACAUACGGUGGUUCCGGUCACGGGCGCAAGUCACUACGGCGUCAACAUGACAUUCUAUCGCGACGCCAACUUCCGGAUGCCGCUCCCCGGAAAUCCGCUGCAUGUGCCUGUCGGCACGGACGUGUAUGUAAAGGUGUUCACGACGACGAGCGACUGGACCGUGAAGAUGCGCGUGCACUCCUGUUUCACGCGCCCCGCCAACAGCGCCUCAAACAACCUUGAGUACUUCCUCAUCAAAAAUGGGUGUGAGAUGGAUUCAAACACUCAUCUUAUCUCGCAGUCAGCACACGAGACUCGCUUCGUCUUCAAAGACUUUGAGUACACGAGCAGCCACGAGGGUAUUGACGUUGAGUGUGACACCACGUUCUGCAGCUCCCAUGACUACUCCCGCCAAUGCACACAAACGUGUAACCCAGUGAUAAGACGGUCGGGGCACGUGCAUAUUCACAAUGCAACAACAGAUAGUGACUAUGACGUCACAACUGAUGGUCAUGUCAGCAUUGUAAAUGAUGUCACUGUCGAUAGUCACGUCAGUCCUGUCAAUGAUGUCACCGCCGAUAUCAACGCAAGCCCUGUAAAUGAUGUCACAACAGAUAGUCACGUCAGCCUUGUGAAUGACGUUACAAAUGAGAUUAGCGUUAAGCUAGUGAGUAACGUCAUAACUGAUACUGGUGAAAGUCAUGUCAGUUCUAUGAAUGACUUCACAACUGAUGGUCACGUCAGUCCCGUGAACGACGUCCUGAUGACCCCUCCCACUGAGUCUUCUGGUGAAGAUUAACUAGAAGGUUAUAUAACCUAUUGAAUCUGUGAUUGAUUACUUGCUGAAUGAUAAAUGAGUGCAGUUUAUUUCGAAUAUUUUCUUAGUCAAGUUAUUACAAAUGAAUGUAUACAAACAUACGAACCUGAAUUAUAUUUCAAAUUAGUUUUAUUUGUGACUAAUCAAUAGUGUCAUAAAUCAGCAGACAUGUUGUCGGACGUACAUACAAACUAUACAUUAUCAGGAGUUUUGUAAACAAACCUGAAAAAAAUAUUUAAGUACUUGAUAUCUCUAGAAUAUUAAUAAUCGGUCUGAAGGUGUUCAACUUUCAAAAAUAAUAAGUACUCCUAAUGCUUAAGUUUAUGCAGCCGAAGACGAAUAAUAUUAAAAAGGCGAUUUUUGUAUCUUUUGGAUAUUUACGCAAACGACAAAACUUUUUUCUUUAUAACAGUAUUAAACAUAUUUUUAAUAUUGAACAAUGCAGCACGGUAUGGAGAAAUCUGGAAUAGCAAUUCAUGUAAAUACGAAUGUUUGUCUUUAUAACUAAUAAAUAUAUAUUCAUAUAA